AUGGCGGCGGAAAAGAUCUUCGCGAUCGUCGACUAUGAGGACGACUACGCGCAGCCGCUUCUCCUGGCCGCGCUGCAAUCGAGGCUCCCACCGGAAGUCUUAGUCCUGAUCAAGGACCACUCAGAAAUUCCCUCGAGCACGAGCCGAGUACUGCAAUGGCGGCAGUACGAAUCCAUCGACUUUGAGGGACUGCUUGCCAAUCCAAGGACGUGCCUAGCCAACAGCUACAUCAUCCGCAAAGCGCUCAUUCGAAAACAUUAUCUCUCCAGGACCAUCUCUCAUUGGCUGGCUAAGCAUCCGAAGAGCGUGCUGGGAAAGCACGUCAAGCCGAGCGUGGAGUUCGAAGUCGACUAUGCCGAGUUCCUGGAUGACGCGUUAGUCGAAGCCUACGAGCUCAAGGACAGCUGGGAGCGCAACGAGGAUAACGACUUCUCCGAGGCGACAGAAUGGUGGAUAUUGAAGCCAGGGAUGAGCGAUCGCGGUCAAGGAGUGCGGCUGUUCAGUUCGGAGGCAGAUUUGCAAAGUAUCUUCGAGGAAUGGGAUCCUCCAGACUCCGACGAUGAGGCCGACGAAGCGUGUAGCAGCGACGAUGCGAAAGACUCGUACGAAAACGGAGAAUCGGAUGGCAUUCUAACCUCGCAACUGCGCCAUUUCGUCGCGCAGCCAUACAUUCAUCCGCCGCUACUACUCAACGUUCCACACCCGUCAGCGAAACGGAAAUUCCAUAUCCGAACCUACGUGCUGGCUGUGGGUGCGCUGCAAGUCUACGUGUACCGACCAAUGCUCGCUCUCUUUGCCGAAGCCAUGUACAGAUGGCCCGACGAAUUCGUCACCUCGCCGAACGAGGAUUUGAACAGCCACCUGACAAACACCUGUCUGCAGAACGGCGACCGGGAAGGCAGCGUGCACGCUUUCUGGUCGCUCCCUUUCUCUAUCCCCGCACUCGCCGCGACGAAAGACGACUGGAGAGAAGAUGUCUUCAAGCAGAUCUGCACCAUCACUGGAGAGGUCUUCGAAGCGGCAGCUCGGAGCAUGAGUACGCAUUUCCAGCCGCUCCCGAACGCGUUCGAGAUCUUUGGGGUGGACUUUCUCGUUGAUGCUGAGGGCAAGGUUUGGCUAUUGGAAGUCAAUGCUUUCCCGGAUUUUCAACAGACUGGUGGCUAUCUAAAGGAAGUCAUACAAGGGCUGUUCGGUGGGGUCGUCGACGUGGCGGUCUUGCCAUUCUUCCAGGCGAAAUCCGCGCAGACUUUACGACGAGAUUCCGAGCCGAGGAGGAUGGUGAAAGUUUUGGACAUUGACUUGGGUAGAAGAGCAACCUGA